UACCCAUCAUUCUCGUCGGAGCGGAAGCAGCGGUGAAGCAGCGGAGCUCUAGCCGCAGAAGCAGCGCUCAGGAUCGGCCACACACCGGCUGACAUGCCGCGGGGAUGAUGGCUGCCUUCGGCAUUCUGAGCUACGAACACAGGCCUCUCAAACGGCCCAGACUCGGUCCUCCGGACGUUUAUCCGCAGGACCCGAAGCAAAAGGAGGAUGAUUUGACGGCAUUGAACGUCAAGCAAGGAUUUAACAACCAGCCAGCUGUUUCAGGCGAUGAGCAUGGCAGCGCUAAAAAUGUCAAUUUCAACCCUUCAAAGAUCAGCUCAAACUUCAGCAGCAUCAUUGCGGAGAAGUUACGCUGCAACACAUUUCCAGACACCGGCAAGAGGAAGCCACAGGUCAAUCAGAAGGACAACUUCUGGCUCGUCACGGCGCGGUCGCAGAGCUCCAUUAAUAACUGGUUCACAGACUUGGCCGGGACCAAACCCUUAACUCAGCUCGCUAAAAAGGUUCCCAUCUUCAGCAAGAAAGAGGAAGUGUUUGGCUACCUUGCCAAGUACUGUGUGCCGGUGAUGCGAUCUGCUUGGAUGAUUAAAAUGACGUGUGCGUAUCACGCCGCCAUAACCGAAACCAAGGUGAAGAAGAGGCACGUCAUUGACCCCUGCAUAGAAUGGACUCAGAUAAUUACUAAAUACCUGUGGGAGCAGCUGCAGAAGGUGGCAGAGUUUUACAGACAGUCUCCCAGCCAGGGCUGUGGGUCUCCUCUGCCCGCUCCUCCUGCUGAGGUGGAAACCGCCAUGAAGCAAUGGGAGUACAACGAGAAGCUGGCCAUGUUCAUGUUCCAGGAUGGCAUGUUAGACAGACACGAGUUCCUCACCUGGGUGCUGGAGUGUUUUGAGAAGAUCAGACCUGGAGAGGACGAGCUUCUGCGAUUCCUGCUGCCGCUCCUGUUACAGUACUCGGGAGAGUUUGUGCAGUCAGCCUACUUGUCUAGACGGCUGGCGUAUUUCUGCACACGCCGGCUCAAUUUGCUGCUGAGCGAUGGCAGUCUCGGACCAGGUCCAGGCGGACACCCGGCCCACGGCAUUUCAGGACAGCAAGGGAACGCUUUGCCUCCGACCCCAACCUCCCAGCCUGCAGGGGGCAACCAGCCUCAAACCCCCUUCACAGACUUCUACAUCUGCCCCCAGCACAGGCCCGUGGUGUUUGGACUCAGCUGCAUGCUGCAGAGUAUCGUGUUGUGUUGUCCCAGCGCUCUGGUCUGGCACUACUCUCUGACAGAUAGCCGUAAUAAGACCGGCUCGCCAUUAGACCUCUUGCCAAUCGCGUCCUCUAACCUGCCCAUGCCGGGGGGCAACAGCAGCUUUAACCAGCAGGUUCGUGCCAAGGUGAGGGAGAUUGAAGAGCAGAUCAAAGAGAGAGGACAGGCGGUGGAGUUUCGCUGGUCUUUCGAUAAGUGUCAGGAGACGACAGCAGGUUUCACCAUCAGCCGGGUUCUGCAUACGCUGGAGGUUUUGGAUAACCACAGCUUUGAGAAGUCUGACUUCAGCAAUUCUCUGGAUUCGCUGUAUAACCGGAUCUUUGGCUCGGGACAGAGCAAAGAUGGACACGAGAUGAGCCCAGACGACGAUGCGGUGGUGACCCUGCUGUGUGAGUGGGCUGUUUCCUGUAAAAGGUCCGGGCCGCACAGAGCCAUGGUGGUGGCCAAACUCCUGGAGAAGAGGCAGACGGAGAUUGAGGCAGAGCGUUGUGGAGAGUCGGAGGUUGUGGAUGAGAAGGGCUCUGUGUCCUCGGGGUCUCUGUCUGCUGCCACUCUGCCUGUUUUCCAGGAUGUCCUGCUGCAGUUCCUGGACACACAAGCUCCUGUGCUCAGUGAUAAUACUCAGAUGUUUUCCCCUCCAAUGCACUGUGAGUCGAAGGGAAGUCCUUCCCCGGAGAAACCUGCCUCAGAACAGGAGAGCAAAAGCACUGCCAAGGAUAAGGGCAUGGACCCGGCCUUCCCGCUGGUUUACGAGCAGCCACGUCACAUACAGUACGCCACCCACUUCCCCAUUCCUCAGGAGGAGAGCGCAAGUCACGAGUGUAACCAGCGUCUGGUGGUUCUCUAUGGGGUUGGCAAACAGCGAGAUGAAGCUCGCCACGCCAUCAAGAAGAUCACCAAAGACAUCCUGAAGGUUCUCAACCGCAAGAGUACAGCAGAGACAGGAGGUGAGGAAGGUCAGAAGAGGAAGAGGAGUAAACCAGAGGCUUUUCCCACCGCUGAAGACAUUUUCUCUAAAUUCCAGCACCUCUCACACUUUGACCAGCACCAGGUCACCUCUCAGGUGUCCAGGAAUGUUCUGGAACAGAUCACCAGCUUUGCCUUAGGGAUGUCCUACCACCUCCCACUGGUCCAACACAUCCAGUUCAUCUUUGACCUCAUGGAGUAUUCGCUCAAUAUAAGUGGCCUCAUUGACUUUGCUAUACAGCUGCUGAAUGAGUUGAGUCUGGUGGAAGCAGAACUCCUGCUGAAGUCCUCCAAUCUGGCUGGCAGUUACACUACAGGUCUCUGUCUGUGCAUUGUGGCCGUUUUGCGGAGAUACCAUUCCUGCCUCAUCCUCAACCCUGACCAGACCGCACAGGUCUUCGAUGGGCUGCGGAUUGUAGUCAAGUCUGGCGUGAACCCUGCAGACUGUUCCUCAGCCGAACGCUGUAUCCUGGCCUAUCUCUACGACCUCUAUACCUCCUGCAGUCACCUGAAGAGCAAGUUUGGGGAGAUUUUCAGUGAGUUCUGCUCAAAGGUGAAGAAUUCCAUCUACUAUAACAUCGACCCAUCAGACUCCAACAUGCUGUGGGAUCAGGUGUUCAUGAUCGACGCUAUCGCUAAUCCUACCGCACACAACCUCAACCACUCCAUGGUGGGAAAGAUCCUCAAUGACAGCCCAGCCAACCGAUACAGCUUCGUGUGUAACGUGCUUAUGGAUGUGUGUGUGGACCACCGGGAUCCCGAGAGGGUGAAUGAUAUCGGGAUCCUGUGCGCGGAGCUGACGGCGUACUGUCGCUCUCUCAGCGCUGAGUGGUUGGGAGUGCUCAAGGCUCUCUGCUGCUCUUCCAACAACGGCAACUGUGGCUUCAACGAUCUGCUCUGCAACGUUGAUGUGAGUGAUCUGUCUUUCCAUGACUCGCUGGCGACAUUCGUUGCCAUCCUGAUAGCUCGGCAGUGUUUGUUACUGGAGGAUUUGGUGCGCUGUGUGGCCAUUCCCUCCCUCCUGAAUGCAGCCUGUAGUGAGCAGGAUUCUGAACCUGGAGCCAGACUGACAUGUAGGAUCCUGCUUCAUCUGUUCAGAACCCCACAGCGCAACCCCUGUCCUCAAGACGGCACCAAAUCAGACAAAUCCACAGUGGGCAUCAGAUCGUCCUGCGACCGACACCUGUUGGCUGCUUCUCAGAACAGCAUAGUGGUGGGAGCCGUGUUUGCCGUGUUAAAGGCUGUUUUCAUGCUGGGAGACGCUGAGCUGAAGGGUUCAGGCUUCUCCCACUCUGCUGGGUUGGACGACAUCGGAGAGGAUGACAUGGGGUCCAAGAAAUCCGGAGGACGUAAUGUCUCGAUUGAAACGGCCAGUCUGGUGGUUUACGCCAAGUAUGUGCUGAAGAGCAUCUGCCAACAGGAGUGGGUGGGUGAGCGGUGUCUAAAGUCUCUGUCGGAGGACAGCAGUGCUCUGCAGGACCCAGUGCUGGUGAACAUCCAGGCUCAGCGCUUGCUGCAGCUCAUCUGUUACCCACACAGGCAGCUAGACAGCGAGGAGGGCGAGAAUCCUCAGAGACAGCGCAUCAAACGCAUCCUGCAGAACAUGGACCAGUGGACCAUGAGACAGUCCUCUCUCGAGCUGCAGCUCAUGAUCAAGCAAAGCUCGAAUAACGAGCUGUAUUCUCUCCUGGAGAACAUAGCCAAGGCCACCAUUGAGGUUUUCCAGAAGUCUGCUGAGAUGAACUCUAGUAACCCCACCUGGAAUGGCUCUGUGGUUUCUGGCAGCUCCGUCUCCAAUAGCAACAGUGCCAGCAAACUCAAACCUGUGCUCAGUUCCUCCGAGCGUUCAGGGGUCUGGUUAGUGGCCCCUCUGAUUGGUAGGCUGCCCACCUCAGUGCAGGGUCACGUGUUGAAGGCCGCCGGUGAAGAGCUGGAGAAGGGACAGCACCUGGGACCCUCCUCAAGGAAAGAAAGAGAUCGGCAGAAACAAAAAAGUAUGUCUCUCCUGAGCCAGCAGCCCUUCCUCUCUCUGGUGCUGACGUGUCUCAAAGGACAAGACGAGCAGAGGGAGGGUCUCCUGACUUCCCUCUACAGCCAAGUCCAGCAGAUUGUGACUAACUGGCGUGAGGACCAGUACCAGGACGACUGCAAGGCCAAGCAGAUGAUGCACGAGGCCUUGAAGCUGCGACUCAAUCUGGUGGGUGGGAUGUUUGAUACGGUGCAGCGAAGUACACAGCAGACGACGGAGUGGGCGGUGCUUCUGCUGGACAUCAUCAGCAGUGGCACAGUGGACAUGCAGUCUAACAAUGAGCUCUUCACUACGGUGUUAGACAUGCUGAGCGUGUUGAUUAACGGCACUCUGGCGGCUGACAUGUCCAGCAUCUCUCAGGGCAGCAUGGAGGAGAAUAAGAGGGCCUACAUGAACCUGGUCAAGAAGCUCCGGAAAGAGCUUGGUGAGCGUCAGUCCGAGAGCUUGGAGAAAGUGCGGCAGUUGCUGCCUCUGCCCAAGCAGACGCGUGACGUCAUCACCUGUGAGCCCCAGGGGUCACUCAUUGACACAAAGGGCAACAAAAUUGCUGGAUUCGAAAAAGAGGGUCUUCAGGUGUCGACUAAGCAGAAGAUUUCUCCUUGGGAUGUGUUCGAGGGCCUGAAGCACUCGGCUCCGCUGUCCUGGGGCUGGUUUGGGUCCGUGCGGGUCGACCGCAAAGUCACGAAAUAUGAGGAGCAGCAGCGGCUCCUGCUUUACCACACUCACAUAAAGCCCAAACAGCGCAGUUACUACCUGGCGCCCCUCAAUCUGCCUCAAGAGGAGGAGGAGCCACCCACACCCGUGCCUCCUGAGCCGGACAAGAAGGUGGAUCCAGGGAAGCCGGAGAAGAGCGUCUCUAAUGUCGCACCUGACACCGCAAAGAAGAAAAAGAAAAAGAAACAGACAUCUGCAAAUAAACAAGAGGACUACAAGCCACACAACCCAGUCAUGCAGUACACGCCGGGCAUGGCUCCUGAUCUGAUAAACAUGGGCCAGUCAAACAUGUCUUUCCGGGGCUACCAGGCUCCAAUGCACUUGUAUGGCCAAAACCAGCCUCUGCCACCAGGAGGCCCCGGUUUAGAGCCCCCUUUCCGUCCCAGGGGUCCUAUGGCCAAAAUUCCUCCACGUCCCGCCUACAGCAUGGCUAAUAUGCCGGGUGCUGGCAUGGGCAACAUGAUGGGAAUGGACAAGCAGUUCCAGAUGGGCUACAAGCCCCCUCAGAGCAUGCCUCAGGGGCAGAUUCUCCGUCAUCAGCUACAGAAUCAUAAUCAUUUACUUGGACAGCAGAUUAGACAAGUGGCACCUAAUCAACAGUAUCCAUCAAUGCAGCCGACACAGAAUAUUUCCCAGGGCUACACCUCGUACGGCUCACACAUGGGGAUGCAGCCGCACCCCUCUCAGCCCGGAGGAAUAGUUCCUGCCUCGUACGGUAACCAGGGCUUCCAGGGGGGACAUCCUGGCACAAACCCAGCCAUGGUGGACUCUCUUAGGCAAAUGCAGCAGAGGCCUAGUGGCUACGUCCAUCAGCAGGCCCCUGCAGCAUACGCACACACAAUGCAGAACACGCAAAGGUUUUCCCAUCAGUCCAUGCAGCAGUCUAUGAUGCACGGCCUGGGUCAAGGUCACUUGGGAGCGCAGGGCAUGCACCCCAACAUUAUAUCCAAUCAGAUGAUGGAGCAGCAGCAGCAGCAGCAGCAACAGCAGCAGCUGAUCAGACAGCAUCCACAGCAGGUGCAGCAGCAGCAGGUUCAGCAACAAGUGCAACAGCAGCAGCAGCAGCAGGUUCAGCAGCAGCAGCAGGUUCAGCAGCAGCAGCAGGUUCAGCCUCAGCAGCAGGUUCAGCAGCAGCAGGUUCAGCAGCAGCAGGUUCAGCAGCAGCAGGUUCAACAGCAGCAGGUGGCAGCAGCCCAGCCUCCCGCUCAGGCCCUGGGGAUGCAGCCCAUGUUCCCUCGGCAAGGCAUGCAGCAGACCCAGCAGCAGCAGCAAACCGCAGCACUGGUCAGACAGCUCCAGCAGCAGCUCUCAAGUACUCAACCUGGACAGAACACCAACUCCUAUUUCUGAGAGCGUCUGAAUGCAUUUCACCAGUGGUAAAGAGUAGUUGUGUCCACGUUAGCGGAUUCUCUGCUACACGGAGCUUUCUGAGAGAAGAACAGAAUCUGAAGUAGAGUCGUGUAGACAUGUAUUUCUGAACGUCAUAGAGGAUUCAUUCCGAGGUGAACCAUGGAAGAGUUUAUGUAAAAAGAAGUACAGGAAAUUAUAAGAAUAUUGCAACCUUUUUAAUUUUAUUUCAAUUUGUACAAUUUUUCAGUUCCGUGUGUUUCUCAUUAAAAAAAAAUCAUGUCA